CAUCCUCAGCAUCACCAGAAGCACAUCUGCUGAUGUGUGUGGCUCUUAUAUUCAGCAGCAGGGGCAAACAUGGAUUCAGGAUUCACACUGCUCUGCAUUCAUCCUUGCCAGACCUCAACAUGAUAUGGGCCGAAGCGCUGGGGACGAUGGAUGUAGACGGUUGAACUCACAGGGCUUCCAGAACAGCAAAGUGUGGUGCUUCUUGGCAUCAUAACCAAGUCUUACAUCAUCGGGGGAUGGCUACUCCGUACUGAAAAAGUCACACCAGAGAAACUCAAAGAAAGAAGCAAAAAUGGCAAAGAAAGGGCGUAACAAGGGUGAAAAGCCCGAAGCCCUAAUACUUGCUCUUCAAGCUGCUAAUGAAGACCUCAGGACAAAGUUAACAGACAUUCAAAUCGAGCUUCAUCAGGAAAAGUCCAAGGUUUCUAGGCUGGAGCGGGAAAAAAACCAAGAAAGUAAACGUAUUAAGGAGCAGGAGCAGCACAAGCAUACAGUUACAGUCACAGAACUGAAGGCCAAGCUGCAUGAGGAGAAAAUGAAGGAACUUCAGGCAGUAAGGGAAAACUUAAUCAAACAGCACGAGCAGGAAAUGUCUCGGACGGUGAAACUUAAAGAGGCAGAAAUCCAACGUCUUAAAUCAGCUGUCAGUUCCUUACGGGACGGCAGCAGUGACAAAGUGAGGACUGCCCUGAGUGCAGAAGCACGGGAGGAGGCUAGAAAAGUUUUUGACUCUGAGCGCCUCAAGCUUUUACAAGAGAUCACUGAGCUUAAGUCUGCAAAGAAGCACGUGGACGAGGCUCUUAAUAACAUAAUACAGGCUGACAAAAUCAAAGCAGGGGAUCUGCGCAGUGAGCACCAUUCCCAUCAGGAGGCUAUUGCCAAGAUCAAAUGGGAGAGCGAGAGGGACAUUCGUCGACUGAUGGACGAAAUAAAAGCAAAGGACAGAAUCAUCUUUUCAUUAGAGAAAGAGCUGGAGACUCAGACUGGCUUCUUACAGAAGUUGCAGUUGCAAAAGGAAGCCUUGGAUGAACAACUAUUUCUAGUAAAAGAAGCUGAAUGCAAUGUUGGAAGUCCCAAACGGGAAAUCCCUGGACGAGUAGGAGAUGGCUCAGAGCACUGUGGAAGUCCGGACUUACGGAGAAAUCAGAAAAGAAUGGCAGAGUUAAAUGCCACAAUUCGAAAACUUGAGGACCGGAACACUCUAUUAGGGGAUGAGAGAAAUGAACUGUUGAGGAGAGUAAGAGAAACAGAGAAACAAUGCAAACCACUCCUGGAGAAGAACAAGUGCCUCACUAAAAGGAACGACGAAUUAAUGCACUCCCUGCAACGCAUGGAGGAGAAGCUGAAAGCCCUCUCAAAGGAAAAUGCUGAAAUGAGAGAGAAAAUCACCUCUCAUCCUCCACUAAAGAAGUUAAGAUCCUUGAAUGACCUCGAUCAAGCCGGCGAAGAGCAAGAAGUUGAGUUUUUAAAGUUGCAAGUGAUUGAACAGCAGAACAUUAUUGAUGAUCUAACAAGGGAUAGGGAAAAAUUAAUACGACGGAAGAAGCAUAAAAGAAGCUCCAAACCAAUAAAGGUAAUUAAGAGGCACCUGGUUGACACUGUAUUUGGUUAUGAUGAUGACUCAAUGGACUCUGAAACUUCAUCUGUGGCUUCUUACCGAACAGAUAGAACACCUGCUACACCAGAUGAUGACUUGGAUGAGAGUUUAGCAGCAGAGGAAUCCGAGCUGCGGUUUCGACAGUUAACUAAAGAGUAUCAAGCACUGCAGAGGGCUUACGCAUUGCUACAGGAACAUACCGGGGGCAUCAUAGAUGCUGAAAGAGAAGCAAAGGCGCAGGAGCAGAUGCAUACAGAAGCUUUACGGUAUAAAGCGAAGAUCGAAGACCUGGAAAAGGCGAUGGCACAGAAAGGACAGGACUCACAAUGGGUAGAAGAAAAGCAACUUUUCAUCAAACGGAACCAGGAACUAUUAGACAAGAUAGAAAAAUUGGAGGCAGAAAACAAUCGACUACAACAGGAGCUGCAAGAUGCUCGAGACCAGAAUGAGUUAUUGGAAUUUCGGAACCUGGAACUUGAAGAAAGAGAACGAAGAUCCCCUCCUUUUAAUCUCCAGAUCCAUCCAUUUUCAGAUGGUGUGAGUGCACUUCAGAUUUACUGUAUGAAGGAAGGUGUCAAGGAUGUCAGUAUACCAGACCUUAUAAAACUGUUGGACAUUCUCGGUGACAAUGGGAAUCUAAGGAAUGAAGAACAGGUUGCCAUAAUUCAAGCAAGCACUGUAUUAUCCCUAGCUGAAAAGUGGAUACAGCAGAUAGAAGGGGCCGAAGCAGCUUUGCAUCGGAAGAUGAUGGAGUUAGAGAGCGAUAUGGAGCAGUUUUGCAAGCUGAAAGGCUACUUGGAAGAAGAGCUGGAUUACAGGAAGCAAGCCUUGGAUCAAGCCUACAUGCGAAUACAAGAACUGGAAGCCACCUUGUACAAUGCAUUACAGCAAGACACAGUAAUCAAGUUUGGUGAGCUUUUAAAUGACAAGCAGCAGGACGAGCUCAGAAUGGCAGUUGAGAAGCUUAGGCGGCAAAUGUUGAGGAAGAGCCGAGAAUUUGACUGUCAGAUCUUACAAGAAAGGAUGGAGCUUCUUCAACAAGCUCAUCAGAGGAUACGGGAUCUGGAGGAUAAAACUGAUAUUCAGAAAAGACAGAUCAAAGACUUAGAGGAAAAGUUUCUCUUUCUAUUCUUGUUCUUCUCUCUCGCCUUCAUUCUUUGGCCUUGAUGCUACAAUGCCUCUUGAUCAGAAUGUUAGAAAACAUGGAUAAGCCCUUGCAUAAAGACAAAUGCUUCCAUAUUGCAAAGAGGAGAGAACAUUGUUUACAUCUGGGCUGAAUGACAGAUAGUCAUGUCUACUCAACGUUGUAUUUUUAAAGCCAUUGCUCCUGAUCUGCUGCAUCUCCCGUGCGGUCCUGUCUAAAGUUACAGUAUAUGCUGCAUUCAGUGGAAAUGUACACGUUGAUCCGUAACGAGAGAAUCAAACGUUUAUUCUUCUCAAUUCACCAAGGAACACCAGGUCAAGAAAAAGUACAAGUAAAGUCUUGGGCUAGAACCAAAGUUACCAAGAAACAAUCUAUUCCCUGCUGUGUAGGGGAAAACUUUUAAUGUAACAUCAAAAAAAUCCAAUAAAUGAAUUAACUAAAAUUAAAAAUUAAUAAAAUUAAAAAAAAGCACCGCAAAGGACAGAGCUGGAAAGGAGACAUAUUCACUACCUGACGGAGGUUAUUUACAAUAAAAUAUUAAAUUCUAACAGUCUGGUUUACUUAAUACAGGGAUGUUAUUUGUGUUAACUCAGGAAUUGUGACAGCCAAAAUGUGACUGUAACUCCGGAGUGGGGCCUGCUAGUUGUUCAUUUUAUAAUAAUUAGUUUCCCCUUUGUUACGCAAACUGAGGUUCAAACUAAGAUUGGUACAUUUUGCUGAAUACAUGAGGACCUUUACUCCAGUGCAUUAUGGGUAAGGAAAAAAGGCAUGCUUUUCACGUAAAAAUAUGGCAUUACGUUUUUGUUCUUCAUGGGGAGUUUACAAUAACAGUAUGUUACAAAGUCAUAAGAUAAUAGUUUUGAAAAUAAUAUGAUCACCUCAAUGUAUGGUAAUGGAUGUCCGUAUAGACAUACCUAAGAAACUGGUAUUGAAUUUGCUCAAUAUAUUGUUCCUAUUCAUAUGGCACGGGUGAACAGCUACCCCUGACUUUAACUACUUAAACACAACUGAACUAAUUGGUUUCAACUUUUUAGAUUGUGGCUUUGCCUGCUGCAUUUUAUGCAUAACAUUUCUCUUAAACAUUAUGAUUUCCAUAUUGCUAGCAAAUGUAUAGGUGUUAUAUUCAUGUUGAUCUCCCUAAUGCUAGGAAUUGUUAUAGUGGGGUGGUCACACCAUAGGAUGGAAUCGGUCCCCUUUUCACAUUCCUACAC